AUGCUCAUCUUCCUCGGCAAACUUACCUACCCGCCCUACGCCACGAACGAACUCUUCGCCGUCAUCUUCAGCAACAACAUGCAACAGGGCGAAAAAGUAGCCGUCGUUCACCAAUGGACUAAGGAUGCGGCGGGGCAGGCAAGAGCCAAUUCCUUUGCGCAAGGGACUGUCGAUAAAGCGGUUAUUACGUCGACGGGGGAGAAGGAGAUUGAGUUCUUUUAUGGGGAGAGGGAGACGACUUAUUACUGGUAUAAGGGUACCCAAUCCGGGAGUAAAUUGACAUUGUCGAUGUUCAACAAGAGUGGAGAGGAGGUGGUCAAGAAGAUUGAGCUUCUGGCGACGUAUUAUUGA